CGAGACAUAAAAGAAACUCCUUACUUCAUAGUUCAUAGCUAGAAUGAAUUCUUCUCAAUUUGGUUUCUAAUCCUCCUUGAUGUUAUUUCUUACUUGAAAUCUUGAUAAUCUAGAAGGAAUCUCUCACAUUUCAUUCUUUCGACGGAUUUGAAGUUUCAUUUCUUUCUCCUGCAAUCAUGGUUUCAACUCACAGGCUGAAAUCCGUUGAUUUUUAUCGAAAAAUUCCUAGAGAUUUGACGGAGGCAUCCCUAUCAGGUGCUGGGUUAUCUAUUAUAGCUGCAAUUUCAAUGAUGCUUCUGUUUGGAAUGGAACUAAAUGAUUAUUUGACUUCCAGCACCUCUACAUCUGUAGUUGUUGAUAGGAGCGCUGACGGGGAGUUUUUGCGCAUUGAUUUUAACAUUAGUUUUCCAGCACUUUCAUGUGAAUUUGCCUCCAUUGACGUGAGUGAUGUCCUGGGAACUAACAGGUUGAAUAUUACAAAAACUGUCCGUAAGUACCCCAUAGAUAAAAAUUUAAAGCCUACAGGCUCUGAGUUCCAUUCUGGACCAGUUUCAAGAGAUGUUAAGCAUGACGACGAUGAUGAUGAAGAGUAUGCUGAAGGUUCUGUUACACUAAAUGCACAUCAAUUUGACAUAAUGUCACAUAGGCACCCUAUUUUGGUUGUCAAUUUCUUUGCUCCUUGGUGUUACUGGAGUAACCGCCUGAAACCUUCGUGGGAGAAAGCAGCAAAAAUUAUGCGAGAAAGAUACGACCCAGAAACUGAUGGCCGGAUACUUAUUGGGAAGGUUGAUUGUACUGAAGAAAGUGCACUUUGCAAAGGGCAUCACAUACAAGGGUAUCCAUCCAUAAGGAUUUUCCGUAAAGGAAGCGAUCUUAGGGAGGACAACAGUCACCAUGAACAUGAAUCAUACUAUGGAGAUCGAGAUACUGAGAGCUUGGUCAAAGCUAUGGAAAACUUGAUUGCGACUAUUCCAUUGGAGUCCAAGAAGCUAGCUUUAGGGGAGAAACCUAGCAAUUCGACAGAUGUUGUUAAAAGACCAGUACCACCAGUUGGAGGAUGUAGAAUUGAAGGUUUUGUGCGUGUAAAGAAGGUUCCAGGGAACCUUGUAGUUGCAGCGCGUUCAGGAGCCCAUUCCUUUGAUGCUUCUCAGAUGAACAUGUCUCACAUAAUUACCCAUUUAAUGUUUGGAAAAACGGUUUCUUCUGAAGUACUGAGUAACAUUAAAAAGUGGUCACCUUACCUGGGAGUGAGUCGUGAUAGAUUGAGCGGUAAGAUGUACAUGACUCACACUGGUGAUUCAAAUGCAAACGUCACUAUUGAGCAUUAUAUUCAAGUAGUGAAGACAGAGGUGGUAACAUUCAGAUACUCGCGUGAACAUACACUAGUUGAAGAAUACGAGUAUACAGCUCACAGUAGUUUAGUACACAGUCUUGAUAUCCCUGUUGCAAAAUUCCAUUUUGAACCAUCUCCAAUGCAGGUCCUAAUAACAGAAACCCGUAAAUCAUUUUCACAUUUCAUAACAAAUGUAUGUGCUAUUAUUGGAGGUGUUUUCACGGUUGCUGGGAUAUUGGAUGCCAUUCUUCACAACACAGUGAGGCUGGUGAAAAAAGUUGAACUUGGGAAGAAUUUUUGAUAGAAAGUUAGGAUUAGUCCUCUGUUUGUUGUGUAGAAAAGAUGAGGGAGGAGCAAUAUAUUGAAAAGAUUGACUUCUGGCUAGAGAAGUUUGGUGUGCAUUCUUGGUCUCAGAGUAAUCUUUCUGAAAACUCAGGAAAAGAUAUUAUUUCAUAAGUAAACUCAUUUAUCUUCUAUGCUAUAGUUAUAUUGUGACAAUUUGGUUUUAUAUUUGAUUACUUUUGUAAUUUGGAUUUAUUAAUUCAGAAGAAUAAUGAAAAAUUAU